CUCCGAGAGGAAGAAGGAGGAAGCGGUAGCUACAAACUACAAAAACAGUGCAAUGUUCGGACUGUUCAGGAAAAACAAGCCCGUGAAAAUAAGGAGUUGCAAUGAAAAUAGAAAGUAUGGAGUUGCGGCGAAAGACAUGAACGAGUUGCUUAAGAAGGGCUGCAAGCUACUACAGUUGCCAUCUUCUGGUGCACACGUUUGUUUGUAUGCGGAUGGGACAAAAGUUACAGAGGAAUUCUUCCAAACUCUGCCGGACAACACGGAGCUGGUUCUUCUCUGCAGGGAUGAGACGUGGAGUGGCGUUGUGUGCGACAUCGGCCGGUUACUGAGCGCAGACCGGCACGCCGAUGGCCUCAUUGAAGCGGCCAGAGGGCUCCUCUCUGAUGAGCAGUCUCCUAAGAGGCGUAAAAUCCUGACAGACCUGCUGCGCAACCUGGAGGACAGAUCUGAGCUGGAGAGCAGAGAGGAGGAUGAAGACUGGUUCAAAGGUGUUGGCGCUCGAUUCAAGACAAAGUCGGCCUACAUGAAGUCCAACUGUGAGAGCCGGAUACGAGGCUACAUGAAGGAGGUGGAUGCUGCCGCUAAAGCCACACAGAAGGCUAAAGUCAGGGCGGAGGUUCUGAAAACAUCCAAAUGCCUGGCGGAAAUGCUGAAGACGGCGAAGCACAACGGCUGCUACUUCGACAGGACGGUGAAGGAAGCAGAUCGCCUCUGUACUCGAGCGGGGUGGUUUACCUGCCAGGGAUCAUUUGAGCAGGAAGAGUGCCCGUCCCUCCACUCCAUCAACCCCUACGGCAGCCGAGAGAGCAGGAUCGUCUUCAGCACAUGGAAUCUGGACCACAGGAUUGAAAAGAAGAGGACGAUCGUUCCCGCUCUGCUGGAAGCUCUGCAGAGUCACAGGAGCGCCGACGUCAACGUGGGCUACUUCUACCGCCUGCUGUUCACCAGGGAGAACCUGAAGCUGGUCCACAUCGUGUGCCACAACAAAGCAGCUCACAACCUGCUGUGCGACGCCGCGGAGAUUUUUAACUCGGGCGACGCGAAACCAAAGGGCAGGAAGAGGCACUUGGUGUGAAUGUUUUCACUCUUGCCUCGCCUUUUUUUUUUUUACCUCAUUUGAUAUGACCAUAUUGUGCUUUGUGAACCAGUGAAGCCUACAGAGUUGUAAUACAGACCGACGGGCGCUUCGUUAGACAAACGGAAGAACACUUAAACCAGGAAAUCAUGAAAAACAUUUAUUUUUGUCUUUGUUGGCACGGUGAUGUAAGAAUACAUGAAUUGAUUACAACGCGGCGUUCACUCAGUCAGAAACUUGCAUAGGAGUGAACAGCACUAGUGCAAUUACCUCAAAGUUAGAAGAGUAGAUGCCAUUUCGUCUAAGUCAGGCUUAAGUAAUCAUCACUUCACUCACAUGCUGAAGACCGAUCACAGACCUCAACGAUUUUAGUCCAGGUUUUCUUUUUCUUACAGCCUAUCAUGAACCUAACAGCUGCAUUAAUAUAUAUGUAAAUAUAUAUGUAUAUGUAUAUAUGUUACAGAUGUGUAGUGCAGUUAAGCAGCUGCCAAAAAACAAACUGGGCAAAGAUGUGUUGCCGAUGAAUAUUAGACACUUGGUGAACAAUGACAUUCACCUCAAAACGCUGAAUUUGAUAUUAAAAGCUCUCAAUAUGGAACUGCUCUUUGACGCGUGUACACUCCUUCCUCUCCACAUAUAUAACAACUUGUAAUUUGGAGAUUGUUUUUUCCCCGUUUUUAUUAGUGCUGUUUUGACAUUUCUCAAGGCUAAUCUCAAACUUCAAAGCAUGCACUGAAAGUAUGAAGCAGUGUGUUCUGUAGCCUGAUCCUUAUCUAAAUAAAGUGCUGCCAACAACCCCCCCCCCCUCAGGCAAAACCAAAGUUGACUGAACAAUGGGGGGGAUGUGAGCAUAAAUUCAGCAAUAAAUAAAACAGGCACUAUUAUACGUGUCCCAGUGCUGUAACCAUAUUAAAAAGUAUCAAAUGAAAUAAGAUAUUCGGGUAUCAAGCUAAGUGAAAACAAUUUGGCGUUUUCUGUGCGUUUGGCGUGUCCUUGUCGAGUCAUCAACUACCGAUUUACCACCAACAACGUGUUAAAGCUUUCAACAGAGUCAGAACUACCGGUGGUAAACUGCUAAACGACGACGACUUGUAAAUGAUGGCGAGGCCAACCGCAGAGUCGGCUCCAGCAACAGUUCAUGCCUAACUCACUCGCGUCGUAGCGAGUAACUUCAUCACCGGUGAAUCGGGAGCAUCGUCACACACAUGCUUUAUGUGUGACGGCGUUAUGAUUUAAGGAACGACUGAAUCUCAAUAGUAGUUCAAUUUUUGGCUGCUUUUUCUUGAGUGCUGAGAGUUUUAUGUGCUUCCACAGGGCAUGACUUUCUGAGUGCAGCUCCUCUUCACUAAGUGUCCGCUCUGUCGUCCCCCUUCAUACUGAGGAGGCCGCCUCCUCUUCGUCGCUGGCCUCUGGUGCGUAGUAAUGUCGCCUCCUGUGCUCCCCUCGCACACGGGAGCAGGUCUCCGACGAUCUCUGAGGGAAGUCCUGCAGCAUAGAAGAGUGGACGUUUGUAAUUGAUUCAAUCUUCACCCAAACAAUCAAACAUAUAUGUGCUGCAACAUUUAAUAGCGGUACAGAAGGGCCUCUCAUUCCAAAGCUUUUAAAAAGGUAUUCUGGGUAAUUAAGAUACUAUGCAGACAUACGUCAGCUUAAUAAUUAAAAUGCGACAUGUUGAUGUCAAAGAUGCUGAGACGCGCGUAACCGCACCACUGCACAUGAAGCGUUGUCCAGCUCUGGUUCAGCCAUAUGCACGGCUAGAUUUGAAUAUAACGUACGCAAAAAAUAUUUUUAAAUAUAUAUUUAUGUUAUGGUGCAUGCUUUGCUUUUUGCUGUUCUGUUAAAUGUAAAAUAACAAAAUAAUUAUGCAUACUAUGUAAGCAAUAUUUAAAUAUUCUGCAAUAGGCAGUGCGUCACUCCUGCACUAAAAGGCAUGUUUGGGAGCAACACAAUGUCUUACUUUCUGAACCUUUAUAACCUAUGUUCUGUAGUUUAUUCACACAAGAGAAUGUUGUUCAUCUUGAAUCUCUUGUUGCAUCCUAAAAUGUGCUGCUGUUAGCGAGUUAGCCCCUAAAAAUAUUGCGUGUAAUUCAAAAAUACAAAGUCCCGUGAUGUAACAUAAUGAAAGCUAUCAAACUGUUUAGUGUCUUAUCAACACAGCCACUCCUUAACUGGCCACAAGCUGGGGAAGCUUUCCACUGCAAGAGCCUCAAGCAACCAGAGUCACAGAUUGUCCCUAAAGUGGCAAUAAAGAAACCGACCUCACCUGUACUGCGUCCAAGUUUCCAAAGAACUGCUCCACGGGAAGAAUCUGAUUGCUGUCGUCAUCCGGGAAGAUGUUUUUGCUGGUUUCCUCACAGUCCAUGUCCUCGGACUCCUUCACUCUGGGGCUGUCCAGUUCCGGCCUCGUCCUCAGUUCGUUUUCUUUGCCCUCCUGUCCCUCAAGCUCCGGUG